AUGCCAGCAAAAUCAAAGAGUGCCAAGAAGCCAGAGUCGGUGAAAGCCGAAACAAUCAAAUCAAAAAAUGAAAUCACAGGAACAAGCUUCGCAGUGAAAAUUGCAGUCGCAAGUGUUCUUUUCCUCUUGCUCAAGAAUUUCGCUCAUCGAGGGAUCGAAAAAGCUCUUGGCGAAAGCCGGGUUUAUGAGAAAACAGAGCCUUUUUUCACGAUCGAUAACUUUAUGGACGAAGAAGACAUCGAUGAGCUCCGCCAAUUUCUUUACAAAAAGCGCCGAUUUGUCACUGGACUCGAUGCAUUCUCCGACGACCGAGGAAUCGAGCACAUUGGCGAAGGAGUAGAGGCGGACGAAAAUGGAAACUGCCCGAAGGAUCUUUACCGAACUGAGCAAGGAAACUGCUUCAUCCCCGGACGAUUCGACAUUGGCAAGCAUUUCUUCCUCACCGGCGGUCUUACUGGAGCAAAAGAAACUUACGAAAAACUGUUGAGCUCAAUCUACGCCUACUACGGAAUUCUGCCAAAGGAUUUCAUCGAAACCAGUCCGAUUCUCGAGCGACUUUUCAAACGACCUCAGUACGUUGAAGCUAUGGACACUCUCUGCCGAAACCAUGGCCAGGAAGAUUACUACUUCAAACCGACUCAGGUUAACAUCGUUCUCGUCACUCCCGGCCAAGACUUGCCGCUUCAUUACGAUAACGGAUGGUUCUGGGGCGCCAAUCGAUUCACCAUUCCCGACUAUUUGACCGUCGCCAUGACCACUUCUGGACUUUGGGAUCACCUCAAAAUUCGACAAGCGCAAUCUGUUGUUUACCUUCACGGCAGCAAGGACGACCCCAUUUUCAAGCACGGCGGAAACUACGUCUUCUACCCUGAUGGUCCUGGCGGUGAGAUGCGACAAAUUGUUCCAAAACGAGGAAUGGGAGUGAUCAUGGACGGUGGUCAAAUUCCCCACGGAGGUCAGCGAAUCGCCGAACAUUACACUGUCGCCAACCACGGAGGCAAAGAUCAGUUCCACCGAGUUGAGUACCAGAGCAACGAUACUUGGUACAUCAUGAACGAUGACGAUAUCAUCUCCACCGUCAAAACUGAAGAUCUCCGACUCAGCUUUGUCUGGCGCGGACUCUGCUUCGACAGCAAAGAGCACGCCGACUCGUACGACUCUUAUCCAGAAAUCCCACUUGAAGAAAUCCUCAACACCUUUGAAGCAGACAUGAAGAAGCGAGGCGUCCUUCCUAAAAAUGCUCCUCGACCACCACCAAAAGAGUUUGCCCACACUCUCAUCAAGACCUACAUUUCCAUGCCGCCACAGAACGUGCACAACACUCUUCCAUUCAACUACUGCAUAAUCUCCAAGGAAUACCCCUGGCUCAAGACGAUUCUUUCGCCGUUCUGCGAGGACGUACAGCCGUACAAGCGGCUGAACGACGAGCUCCCUCCUGCUCGUCCUUUCUGCGGCGGUAGAAAAUCCACGAAUUGUCCAGAAGAGUAA